AUGCUGGCCAGGCUGGUCGAUCUCGACUUCGACCUCGACAUUCGCCGACUUGAACGCGUCAAGGCUGAAGGUCCAGGUCCAGGUGCAGGUGAAGGGCUCCUCAUGCCUCCGGAACGAGCAACUGUCCCGGUGAAGCUGUCCCUGCCAUUGCAAUACCAGCAGGACAUCUUCACCGAACUACGAACGGAGGAUGAGCUAGUCAUUCUAGCCCGCGGCCUCGGUCUCCUCCAUCUAAUCGCGAAUCUUCUACACUUCUACGAUGCCGCCGGAAACAACCUAGUUCUAUUGGUGGGAGCGGAUGAUCGGGAGAAUGACUGGCUCGGAGAGGCGUUGGCGGAACAGGCUGCGAUCAGUAAAUCCCCUUUAGCUAGGGGCUUGAAGAAGAUCAACACGGAUAUGGCAUCGGUGCCUAUGCGGGAGCGAAUCUACAGCCAGGGUGGUAUCUUGAGUGUGACGUCCAGGAUAUUGAUCUCGGAUUUGCUUUUGGAUCUGGUCGACCCGGACAAGAUUACGGGCGUGAUUAUUCUACAUGCCGAAAAAGUCGUUGCGACGUCCCUAGAAGCAUUCAUCGCUCGUGUCUACCGACAAAAGAACAAAAAUGGAUUUUUGAAAGCGUUCUCCGACUCACCCGAACCGUUUACCACCGGUUUUGCCCCGUUGGCCAACAUGCUCCGAAAUCUGUUUCUGCGGAAGGCAUCUCUAUGGCCCCGAUUCCAUGUCUCCGUAGCCGAGGCUUUAGAGGGCAAUCGGAAGGCUGAGGUGAUUGAACUCGAAGUUCCGAUGAGUACGAAGAUGCGCGAGAUUCAGAAUGCCGUCCUUGAAUGCGUCGAUAUCAGCAUUGCAGAACUACGAAAAUCAAAUACCGGCCUAGAUAUGGAGGAGUGGACGCUGGAUAGUGCUUUGCAUCGCAAUUUCGAUGUCAUGAUUCGGCGACAGAUCGAACCGAUCUGGCACCGCGUCAGCUACCGAACGAGACAGAUUACCAAUGCUCUUCGCGAUCUUCGGGGCAUUCUCCAUGCGCUGCUUACCUAUGAUUCUGUGUCUUUCGUGAAAUAUUUAGACACAAUCGUCACGGCUAACUCACCAGCCCCUGGGUCGAACAGACACAACGACUCUCCUUGGCUUUUCCUUGACGCUGCGCAUGUACUUUUCCAAACAGCAAAGGCAAGAGCAUACGAAGGAAAAAUAAGCAAGGAUUUGCAACGCCCUUACGGAUCUACGGCCUUUUCCUCUGAGCUACAGCCUGUGCUUGAACCGCUCCCAAAGUGGGAUGUUCUCACUGAAGUCCUCGGCGAGAUUGAGCAUGAUGCUUACCUUCACCCAUCAAGCCAUGAUGGAUCUAACGGCACUAUUCUGAUCAUGUGCAGCGAUCAGCGAAUAUGUCGGCAGCUCCGUGAAUACAUCAGCACGAUGCAUACGAAAGUUGGUAGCACAAAAGCUGCACCUGUUGGAGAUGAAUCCGUCGAAGAUACUUCAUCUGCAAGCAUUAUGAUGCGUCGCUAUCUGCGUGACUACCUCAACUGGAAACGAUCACUCUCCAAUAUCAAUAAGAACCUCUCUUUAUCUGUCGGGGGAAAUGACACUGGGAAGCCAGGGUCUGCACAGGGUCAACAAGGAAGGCCCCCUCCAAAUAAGCGCCGUCGAGUUCGCGGUGGUGGAGCUGUCAACUCAGCCUCUGGACGCGUGCCAAAUGCCAGUGUUCAGACCAAUGUUGAACUGCCCGAUCAAGUUGCGAGCUUGCUUAAUGAGAUCCAACCUACAGAAGUCGAAGAAGAGCAGAAAGAAGAAAUCGUUAUUGAUGAUAUGAUGGAUAUAGAGGAACAUUACGAACUUUACGACAUGGACAAUCUAAUCAUGAUUCACCCCUAUGAUGAAGAGAUGGACAGUCAAAUACUUGAAGAGGUGCGACCGCGAUACAUCAUCAUGUAUGAGCCGGACCCGGCAUUCAUCCGACGGGUCGAGGUCUAUCGUAGCUCUCACGUUGGAAGAAAUGUGAAAGUGUAUUUCAUAUACUACGGUGGAUCUGUGGAGGAACAGCGUUAUCUCAGCGCGGUGCGGCGAGAGAAGGACUCUUUCACCAAAUUGAUCAAGGAGAAGGGGAACAUGGCCGUGACAUUAUCCCACGAUAAAAGCUCUGAAGACCCUCAAGAGCAAUUUCUCCGGACCGUCAACACUCGUAUCGCCGGAGGAGGUAGAUUGGCAGCCACAGCGGUCCCUCCGUUAGUAGUGGUUGAUCUUCGAGAGUUUCGAAGUGCUCUCCCUUCUCUUUUACACGGCAGCAACAUGGUAAUCAAACCUGGUGUACUGACUGUGGGCGAUUAUGUCCUCACGCCAGAUAUCUGUGUUGAGCGGAAAUCUGUUCAGGAUUUGAUAUCUUCUCUGCGGAACGGCCGUCUCUACAACCAAGCUGAAAGCAUGCUUCAACACUACAAGAGCCCCUUACUUCUCAUCGAGUUCGACCAGAACAAAUCCUUUACCUUCGACGCCUUCUCCACGGGACCUUCCUUCACGACUGAAUUCGGAUUCUCAUCCACCGGGGCAGCGAUCAGCUCGAGCACGAGUGCACUUGCCAAUCCUUCCAAUCCCAAAUCUCUUCAACACCUCCUCGUCCUCUUAACCCUUGCAUUCCCCCGUCUCAAGAUCGUAUGGUCUUCUUCACCCUACCAGACCGCGGAGAUCUUCGCUGAACUAAAGAAGAACGCUCCUGAGCCGAACCCAAAUCUUGCGGUUACGAUUGGUACUGGCAUAGAGUGGACGGAUACGUCUGGUUCGGGCACUGGCACGACAGGGACAGCUGGGAUUGAGCACCGAACUUUCAAUCCCCUUCCGCAGGAUAUGCUACGCGCGGUCCCAGGGGUUUCGCCACAAGCUCUGGAACGGUUAAUUAUAGAGACGGAUAAUCUCACCGAGAUUGCUAAUAUGGAAGUUGAGCAAUUGGAUCCGCUAGUUGGUAAGGAGGCUGCGCGGAAAAUUGUCGGCUUCUUCCAAAAAAGCGUUUUUGAGGAUUAG